AGCGGGGCCGGGCUGAGCUGCCGGGCGGGGUGGGCCAGGGACGCGAGGCGAAGCGGGGCCCCACACAGGCCGCGGCGGCUGGCUCCGGCCCCUACGGUCCCGGCGGCUGCUGGAAGAGGAAGCCAGGCGGCUGGCGGAGGAGGGGAAGCGGCGGAGGCCGAGGCUGGAGCAUCGCUCGCCGCAGACUCACUUCCCGGGCUCAGCAGGGAAAGGUUCCUAGGAGGUGAGUGCGGACGGCAUGCAAAGUUGUGAAUCCAGUGUGGACAGUGCAGAUGACCCUCUCAGUCGUGGCCUGCGGAGAAGGGGACAGCCUCGUGUGGUGGUGAUCGGCGCCGGCUUGGCUGGUCUGGCUGCAGCCAAAGCACUUCUGGAGCAGGGCUUCACGGAUGUCACUGUUCUCGAGGCUUCCAGCCGCAUUGGAGGCCGGGUUGAGAGCGUGAAACUCGGACACGCCACCUUUGAACUGGGAGCCACCUGGAUCCAUGGCUCCCAUGGGAACCCCAUCUAUCAUCUAGCAGAAACCAAUGGCCUCUUGGAAGAGACAACUGAUGGGGAGCGCAGCGUGGGCCGCAUCAGCCUCUACUCCAAGAAUGGCGUGGCCUGCUACCUCACCAACCGUGGUUGCAGGAUCCCCAAGGACGUGGUUGAGGAAUUCAGCGAUUUAUACAACGAGGUCUAUAACUUGACCCAGGAGUUUUUCCGGCAUGGUAAACCAGUCAAUGCUGAGAGUCAAAACAGCGUGGGGGUGUUCACCCGGGAAGAGGUGCGCAAUCGCAUCAGGGAUGACCCUGAUGAGCCCGAGGCCACCAAGCGGCUGAAGCUCGCCAUGAUCCAGCAGUACCUGAAGGUGGAGAGCUGUGAGAGCAGCUCACACAGCAUGGACGAGGUGUCCCUGAGCGCCUUCGGGGAAUGGACGGAGAUCCCCGGCGCCCACCAUAUCAUCCCCUCAGGCUUCAUGCGGGUCGUGGAGCUCCUGGCGGAGGGUAUCCCACCCCACGCCAUCCAGCUGGGGAAGCCUGUACGAUGUGUUCACUGGGACCAGGCCUCCGCACGGCCCCGCGGCCCUGAGAUCGAGCCCAGGGGCGAGGGUGAUCACAACCAUUACUCCCGGGAGGGCGGCCCUGGGGGAGAGGCGCCCCUGGGGGACGGGCGGGGUGAGGACCCGCAGUGGCCGGUGGUGGUGGAGUGCGAGGACUGCGAGAUGAUCCCCGCCGACCAUGUGAUCGUGACGGUGUCGCUGGGCGUGCUCAAGCAGCAGCACAACAGCUUCUUCCAUCCCGGCCUGCCCGCCGAGAAGGUGGCUGCCAUCCACCGCCUGGGCAUCGGCACCACGGACAAGAUCUUUCUGGAAUUCGAAGAGCCUUUCUGGGGCCCUGAGUGCAAUAGCCUCCAGUUCGUGUGGGAGGAUGAGGCGGAGAGCCGCACCCUCACCUACCCGCCUGAGCUCUGGUACCGCAAGAUCUGCGGCUUUGACGUGCUCUACCCGCCCGAGCGCUACGGCCACGUGCUGAGCGGCUGGAUCUGCGGCGAGGAGGCGCUUGUCAUGGAGAGGUGCGACGAUGAGGCGGUGGCCGAGAUCUGCACCGAGAUGCUAAGGCAGUUCACAGGGAACCCCAACAUUCCCAAGCCCCGGCGUAUCCUGCGCUCAUCAUGGGGCAGCAACCCCUAUUUUCGAGGUUCCUAUUCAUAUACGCAGGUGGGCUCCAGUGGGGCAGAUGUGGAGAGACUGGCCAAGCCCCUGCCUUACACAGAGAGCUCCAAGACAGCGCAUGGAAGCUCCUCAGAGCAGCAGCCCGGUCACCUUUUAUCUUCCAAGUGCCCAGAACAGUCCCUGGACCCUAACAGGGGCUCAAUAAAGCCCAUGCAGGUGCUGUUUUCUGGUGAGGCCACCCACCGCAAGUAUUAUUCCACCACCCAUGGUGCUCUACUCUCUGGCCAGCGUGAGGCUGCACGUCUCAUCGAGAUGUACCAAGAUCUCUUCCAGCAGGGGCCCUAAGGCCUCCUUACUGUCCAGUGUUCCCUGAAGAACCACUAACUCGUGACGGCACGCCCUGCUCCUUGCUGCUUAUGCUCCUUGUCUCCAAAUCCUCUGUAGAACGAGUUUUUACUGUUUGUACAGUUAGAUUCCCUGACUGGCUCUAGACCUGGCCCUGUAGCUCUUUCUUCCAAGCCAGGUCGUGGCUAGGGUGGGGUCGUUGAUUUACCUCUUGUGCUCUGACCUCCCCAUGACCCCUUGCCCUCCCACCUUGUUAUUGUAAGUGCCUUUAAUACUUUGCAUUUUGGGAUAAUAAAAGAGGCUUGCCCUUCC